CGGCUGGUCUUCACCAUGGCGGUACAAUACCGAAAGCUCUCCCGAGGAAGUAAUCUCCAAAACCACUAUUAGUGUACUACAAUGUAUUCGUUUCUUUUCGCCGCUGGAGUCCUUGCCCUGCUUUCCGAUAGGGGCCACGGCUUCUCGCCGUUCCCCGUCUCGUCUUCGUUGAGAAAGUCGUUGGUGUCCAGCCCUACGUCGCUGAACAACCUGUUCACGGACAUGGGGGAUGCCCUGCACGACAUGGGGGACGCUCUGACGGGAGGAAAACUGGUCCCGCAAACCGAGCCCCUUGUCUACGGGACGCCACUGGGAGGAGACGACACUCUUUCCGAGGAGCUCCGAACGCUUGCGGUCCAGGAACGGCUCGUCUCCUUCACGGGCGAAGACUUCGACAUCCAGGACCUGGACAUCAACGAGCCCUACUGCAAGGUCCGGGGGGCCAUGCUCCACCUCCCCGGGAAGGACAAGAUGAGGAUCAGCCUCGGCGGGGAGCAGGUCGCGAUCCUGGACCGAAAACUCAUCGCCAUCACGCCCACCUACGACAUCCUGAGGGCCGACGGAGAAAAGAUCGGCUGGAUCGAAAAGGCCACGAUUGCCCUCACGGACACCUUCGAGUUCCACGCCGAGUGCGCCCCGCACUUUGGGCCCAUCAAGCCCCCGGCGGCCUACCGGCUGGAGGGCGACUUUCUGGACCGCCGCUUCGUUAUGAAGAACGACAAGGGAGAGGCGGUGGCCAAGAUCACCAUGGACCGGCUCAUCGAAUUCGACGCCUGGGACCACUACCAGAUCCGGAUCGCCCCGGGAAUGGACCCCGUCCUAGUGGUGGCCUGUGCCUGUGCCAUCGACGAGGAAUUCGACGAGGAGCACAAGAAGAAGCGCGAGGCGGAGGGUCGAUAACCGGGUUUCAGCUCGAAACCAACCACGGU